AUGAAGGACAAGUUUAAACAGAAAUACACUGCUGGAGCAGCCGUAGCUUACAUCUCCAGAAAGCAGGCAUUGAAGAAACUGCAGCUUCCAUUGAGAGAUUUCCGUCGCUUGUGUAUUAUUAAGGGCAUUUAUCCGCACGAGCCGGCACAUAAGAAGCAGGCAAACAAGGGUUCCACCGCGAACAAGGUCUUCUACUAUCGCAAAGAUAUUAAUUUUUUGGCGCAUGAGCCGAUCAUCAACAAAUUUAGGGAAAAUAAGGUGUUCUUCCGAAAAUUGAAUCACUACAAAGCGAAACGUGAGAACGAUAAGAUCGAAAAUUUGUACCAGAACAAGCCGACGUAUUCUCUUGAUCCAAUUGUGAAGGAAAGAUAUCCGACAUUUGGAUCAGCUCUUCGCGAUUUAGAUGAUGCUUUAUCUCUGUGUUUCACAUUCGCAAUGCUUCCACACACAGAAGUUUUGAAAGAGGAUAUGAUUAAUUCUUGCCGGCGAUUGACAACUGAAUUUAUGCACUAUAUUAUUGAGUCGCAAUCACUUCGAAACACAUUCAUUUCGAUCAAGGGCAUUUAUUAUCAAGCGGAAAUUCAUGGCGAGAAGAUCACAUGGAUUGUUCCACACGAGCGUGGCCUCCCACACGUCAACGACGUCGACUUCACAGUUUUGGUGACAUUCGUAGAAUUUUACAUUGCAAUGCUUGGAUUCGUUAACUACAAACUCUAUCAGACCAUUGGCUUGCAUUACCCACCACAAAUUCAUAGUAAUCAAACGGAUUCAGAAGAAAUGGAUUCAGAAGAAUACAGAGAGAAAGUGUACAGUUUGGCGAAACCAUUAGCGAAACGACCAGAUUUUUCUAACGCUGAUGAUGAUGAGCCUUUGGAUUUACUUGGAGAAGAUUCAGAUGCUUUAGCACAAAAGAUGAAGGAAGCCAAGGCUAUUAAAAAUCUGUUCAAAGGUUGUGUAUUUUAUUUGAAUCGUGAAUGCCCCAAAGAAGCACUCACUUUCAUUAUCAGGAAUUGCGGAGGAAUUGUUGGAUGGGAAAAUGGUCCGACGAAUAUUGACUCCAAAAGCAAGUCCAUUACCCAUCACAUUGUCGAUCGACCAUUUGAUGCAAUGACUAUUGGUAGACAGUAUAUUCAGCCGCAAUGGGUUUUUGAUUGUCUGAACGCCCGCAGAAAGCUUCCAACAGAAAAGUACCUGCCAGGAACUAGCCUUCCGCCUCACUUUUCGCCGUUCACUUCUGAAAAGCCUGGAGACUACAUUCCAUAUGAACGAUUGGAAGAGUUGCGCAACAUGGGCAAAGACGUUCGUGAGCUUGAAGCUGCGAUUCCAAAGACGGAAGACGAGUUGCCGAAGAGGAAGAAGGAGGUGAAGGAGGAGCCGAAGAAGGGAAUUCGUGUUGAACUCGGUAAAAUGCACAAAAAGAGCAAGGAGAAGUUCCAUGAAGCUGUUGAAAAGGGUAAUGAGACGAAGCUGCGCGAAUUGAUGAUCUCGAAGAAACACCAGCGCGUGUACCACAGUAUGAAGACGCAGUUCAAGAGAAAUCGCAACGAUGCGCUCAAGUUGAAGCGCAAAGCGAAAUUGGCGAAAGCGGCCGAGGCGACUUCGAGUUAA